AUGACCAAACCAAUCGUCCUCCACCUCGGCGAUGACAUUCGCUGGAAUCAUGAUCAAUACAGCAAAUUCCAAGAUGUCUUUGAUGUCCGUCGGUCCUACAGCAUGUCUCGGGCGGAGUUCAUCCGAGCCCUGAAAGACCGCCAAUUCGGCGACUUCUCUGCCAUCUACCGCCCGUUUUGGAAUACCGGUGGCGAGAUGGGAAACUGGGAUGAAGAGCUUGUCUCGCUUCUACCAGAUUCUUGUAGGAUCUAUGCCAGUGCGGGUGCUGGCUUUGAUUGGGUUGAUACUGCAGCUUUGGCGAAAAAGGGAGUUAUUUACUGCAAUGCAGCAGCAGCGUGCACAGAGUCUGUCGCUGAUGCCGCAAUCUGGCUCAUAAUCUCAACAUUCCGCCUCUUCUCUUGGUCCCACAUCGCCGCACGUGCGCUAGACGCAGACGCUUUUGUCGACGCAAACCGCAAUCUGGCGAUGGUAUCAUACAAUCCCGAUGGACACACACUUGGGAUUAUUGGCUUUGGUCAGAUCGGACGGCGCACGGCUGAGAAAGCCUUCCUGGCCAUGAACAUGAAGAUUCACUAUCAUGACAUCGUCCAAAUGCCCGCUCAUCUGGAAGCCGUCUCGAAGGCAACAUACCACAAGAGCAUGGACAGCCUCCUCGCUGUUUCAGACUGUGUUAUGGUUGCCACGCCAUUUAGUGGAGAGACUCUUCUCAAUGCAUCUUUGCUGGCUAAAAUGAAGACUGGUUCGCGACUGAUUAACAUCGCUCGUGGUAAGUUACUUGACGAGAGAGCUCUUAUCGAUGCACUGCGGAGUGGAAAGCUUGCUGCUGCUGGAUUGGAUGUGCACUAUGAUGAGCCGAACAUUAGCCCAGAACUUGCAAGUAUGAAGAACGUUGAGAUGAUGGCACAUAACGCUGGCGCUUCGGUGGACUCACACAUUGGCUUUGAGAGACUGGGUAUGGAGAACAUCCUUACCUUCUAUCAGACUGGAAAGGCCGUUACUCCAGUUAAUGUCCAUCUGGUUGCUAAAGCGACUGGCUCGAAGCUUUAG